AUGGUCACUUUUCAAGAUAGAAUCGCGACUUUAGAUAAUCAGGUCAGAGAGAAGGAAGAAACAUUGCACCUCUACCAGGAACGAUUUGGUAUUCUCAAGAGAGAUGAUUGGGGUCCAGACGAAGAUCUAAAUGCUGGAGAUUCAGUUUCCGAAUUUGAAUGGAAGGCAGAACAAAAGGAUAUCCGCGAUGGUCAAAUGAACACUUCCAAUUACCAGCAGAUGGGUGGCGCCAAUGGCGAUCGUCCUUUCUAUGUAUUCGUAGAACACAAUAGGCCUGCCGACAUCAAGGAGGAGCAAAGCUUCUAUGGUCCGCAAAUGGAUAGCGCCAAUAACGAACAUCCUCCACCACGUGGUAAUCAACAUGAGACUUCUGGUUGCGGCGAUCGUGGAGGUGGAGUCACUGGUAGUGGAAAGACAAUAAGCACGAGACGUAAUCACCUCGGUGCCAAUGUUUAUGCACCACAUGCCCAGCAAUCGCAGCCAAGUACGUCUACAUUCGACAACUUUAAGCCUAGCAAUCCCAAUCCUGGAUCACACAAAAAUCCUCGAAUAAAACAAGAAUCUAUAUUUGGUGGCUUUAAUCGCCUUGCGAAAAGUGCUCACUUGAGUUCAACACAUAAUCAAUCGCAGCCCGAACUUCUAUUGAAGCAGGAAUCUAUAUUUGGUAGCCCUAGUCGCUCUAUCACACAACGGCCAAAUGCAACUCUACAUAGCAAUACUUCUACAUUCUAUAACUUCAAUCCCGCUGUCUCUAAACAGCCGCCCAAGGUAUUGCCUAAAGAGGAAUCGAUAUUCGGUGGUUAUGAUCGUUUUGCAGGUAAUGCUUACUCGGGUUCACAACAACCUCAUCAAUCACAACCCAGAUCACCAAUAAAAGAGGAAUCCAUGUUUGAUGGAGUCAAUGGCUGCAUUCUACAGCAGCCAAGUGUACUUCUGAACGCAGUAACUACUACAUUUGGUGAUUUCCAACAUCAUCUUCCGCUAAAUACAUUGACUCAACCUUUACAAGAAGAGUCUAUGCUCAGUGACAGAUUCACGGGCGUAGUAAAUGAGUUGCCAGACACUUAUCGCCAAUCACGUAUGAGCAAUUCUGGAGCACCACGCCAGCCUGAACGAGCACUUGAUAACAUGAUCAAAACCGAGGAGGAAGAAGAGCCUUCUCAACCUUCUACCUCAAUCCCGAGGCCACCUAAGCCUAUCGUCAGCGUCGCCGAAAACCUUCUUGGUGAUCCAAGUUCGCCAAAGGUUCUGAAAGAUCGUGCUAAAACAGAAGCAAUUUGUGAGAAAGCUAAGGGUCCCUUACCCCCAACCAUUCAGCCGAAGACAAUGCCUAAUGGUAGAAAAGCUGGUGUUUUAUCGAUAAAGAAGAGAAAUUCCGGACCACUGGAGUGCUUCAGUACUUUGAUCAGGGUUGCUUUAACUGUGGCGGUAGCGAUCAUGAGGGCUCGGUGUGUAUGA